AUGGAACCUUUGGCAACAACCAUUCGUUUCGUCACGCUGAACUGCCGAACACUAUCGAGUGAACUCCAACAAGCCGCUCUAUCCAGACUUCUGCGAUAUCUCUGUGUGCCUUUUGCUGCACUGCAGGAAACAGGCAUCAGAGAUCGGCCGUCAUUAGCAUCGAAAAUUACACCAUAUACUGCGGCGAUGCUGACGAGAACAAAAGCAGCGAAGCGGAAGACGAGGACUCUUAAGCUUCAGCUCGACUACGUUCUGGCGAGGAACAUUCCUCAGUCAGAUAUCCGAAAAUCUAGAGCUGUUUGGGACGUCGCGUUCGACUCUGACCACCGUCCAGUUCUCAGCCUCGAGAUACGGUUCCACAAGAGAAACCGAGGAGUUCCUCUUCAACCGAAAAUCGAUAUGGCAGGUCUGAAAGACGAUGAAUGCAGAACAAAAUUCCGCCAACGUGUGUCCAUUCAUGUUGGAGUACGGACCAGAAAGAAGCUUAGCGAUGCGGAUUCCUUCACAAAGUGCAUCCAGGACGCUGCAAGGGAAACGCUCCCGGUUCUAUUGCCGCGGAAGAACGCUGGUGACUUCAAUCAGGAAAAGCGUCUUAGAAGGAAGCUGCGUCGCCAGCUGCAAAAAGAGUGCGAAAACGAAUGGACAUCAAAACCGCAGGCGUUUGAAAAGGUGUGGGAGGACAAAGACGCGGAAAGUCCAUGCUCUACUAAAAUAACUUUGCUGAACCGGCUAGCACCGUCAGCUCCUGAUCUCGAACACGUUCAUAGACCAACAUAUGCGGUUAACGAGGAGCCACCGACCGAGUCGGAGGUCCUGGUCUGUAUUCAAAAAAUGAAGAAUGGAAAAUCUGGUGGAGACGACGGUAUUAGCGCAGAAAUGCUAAAAUAUCUUCCUCCUGUCUGGGAUUCGUGA